AUGCCAUUGUUCCAAAGGAAGUUUAGUGUGCCGAAAUUUCCUGCUCGAAAAGCAUCUAGCAUGACAAAUUUAUCCCAUCUUGGUUCAACUACCAGAAGUCAAGAAUUCAGUACUGAUUUUGGGCCAAUCAGAACACGCUUAAGUGGACGUGAUCUUGUUUUUCGAAAUGGUCAAUGGAUCAUCGAGGGGGAAAACGCUGGCUUAGAAGAGUCUGUAAAUUCCGCUCAACUAGGACGUGAAACUUUCCGCAUUAAAAAAGAAAAUCACCAGCUUAUUGAAGAAAAUAACUUGCUGAAAUUAAAAAUCGAUAUCCUCUUAGACAUGCUUGCUGAAACUACUGCUGAGGUACACUUGCAAGAGAACGAAAUUGAGAAUCUACGUAAUACACUACACAAGAAGCCAAAUACAAUCCAAGUGUCUUAGAUUUAACUUUCAUAAAGUCUUGGAAAUUGUCAUACACGGAUGUGAUUAAAAGUUCCUUUUUGUAUACUUUAUAAUGUAUGCGAUCACGUUUCUUGAAGCAUAGUUUUACUAACCUCCUAUCAGGAUUUUCUGUGUGAUCACCUGUUCUGUGAGGGGAAACAGACAUAUUCUCACUUUUCAGUUUUUAGUAAUUUCUAUCAAAUAUUGUUGUUGCAUAAAUAAUUACAAAUAAAACAUAUCGCACUAGUGUUUCCUUCUUCGAAAAUUUAACUUUUGAUGUCACUCCCUCUAAUUCUCCCCUUCUGUAGUCUUAACUCCUGUGUGUCGUGAAGACCAAAGUAUUCUGAAAAUAUUCAUGUUUUGGGUUGUUUUUCAGCGUAGUUUUGCGAAACCGUUUUAAUAAUGUGAAUCCUGUGUAUUCGCGGAAACAUUUUUCAAAGAUUAAUCUGUUUUGUCUCUGUGUUAAAACAUACAAAUAAUAAAACGUUACGAAUGCAAAUCGUGAUUCAGUACAUCACGACACGACACAUAAGCGUACUAGUUGUCACUAAAAUCAGAUGUGCUGAAAUGGCCGAGUUAAACUUUAAGCACUACUAACUACCAAUGGAGUGCGACCGCACCAAUGACCUUGAAACACUCACUGAGCAUGUUAGUGAAAUCCGGCAAGUAAUCUUGUGAUCAUCGAUAAAAUAUGCUUAUAGAAGUGGUAUCCUGCUAAAUGGAAUGUCUGGCAAGUUUCAGCCUAGGUUUGGGAAAGAUUAAGUUAUUCUUUAAGCCAAGAAAAAGUUAGGGUUACGUUAACCUAACAAAGGUGACAGUAGGUUUGGUUCGAGUUAGAUUACAGUUAGUUUGGAGAUUUUCGCACAUUAGGGUUAUUUUAAGGAAAAAUUAGGGUUAUUCUUAGUUUUAGAAGACCUAAAUAAUUACAUGCAUAGAAUGUGGUUAAAUUACUCUUUUGAUAUAAGAAUAGGACUUGUGCACUGUGGUUGGGUAUAAUUCCAUUUUGAGUAAAAUUUAUUUUGAUUAAGUCUCACAGUGUUAUACAGUAAUAUUUGCCGAUGACGUUUCGAGCACAAUCUACUGCUCA